GCCAGCCGUGUCCGCGGAGUGACCGGAAGAGCCGCGGCGGCGGCGGCGGCUGGCAGGAGCUGGAGCUGAACCGGGACUGCAGCCCAGCAGGUUAGGCGCCAUGUCGACCGAGGCUACUGAGCUGAUGGACGAGCGGGAGAGCCAUUCUUACGAGGAGGAGGAGGAAGAGGAGGAGGAGGAGGAGGAAGAGGAGGAGGAGGAGAAGACCACCAGUCCCACAGACCUGUCUGAGCUGCUGAAGGAAGGGACCAAGGAGGCCCACGACCGGGCUGAGAACACCCAGUUUGUCAAAGAUUUCCUGAAGGGACACAUCAAGAGGGAGCUCUUCAAGCUGGGCACAGCAGCCCUUUACUUCACAUACUCUGCGCUGGAGGAGGAGAUGGAGCACAACAAGGACCAGCCUUGCUUUGCCCCUCUGUAUUUCCCCUUGGAGCUGCACCGGAAGGAAGCCUUGGCGAGGGACCUGGAAUAUUUGUAUGGGGAAGGCUGGGAGGAGAAGAUCCAGUGCUCAGAAGCCACUCAGCGCUACGUGGAUCGCAUACACCAUGUUGGGAAGCAGGAGCCGGAGCUCCUGGUGGCUCAUGCUUACACCCGCUACAUGGGGGACCUUUCUGGGGGUCAGGUGCUGAAGAGGGUGGCUCAGCGUGCACUGAAGUUGCCAAGCAGUGGAGAAGGGAUCAACUUCUACAUGUUUGAAAACAUUUCUAACCCCCAGCAGUUCAAGCAGUUCUACAGAGCCCGGCUGAAUGCCCUGGAUGUGUCCCAGGAGACCAAGGAGAAGAUCGUCAAGGAGGCCAACGGGGCCUUUGAAUUCAACAUGCAGGUCUUUGAGGAGCUGGACAAGAUCGGGGCUUUAUUACCAGAAGAAGCCCAAGAUGGCGGCCUCCCAGUGCAUGAUGGGAAGGGAGACAUGCGCAAGUGCCCUUACUAUGCCUCGAAACUCGCUGGCUCCAAGGACGCUACCUGCCCCUGCCAUCUCGCCCUGGCUGCCCUGAAGCAGCCCACCAUCCAGCUGGUCUUGGCAGCCUGUGUUGCGGUCACUGCUGGCAUUGCAGCCUGGUACGUGAUGUGAGGCUGGGCACCGGCUGCCCGUUGGCCCUUGAAGAAAGCGCUCGUUUUCUCCAUUGACAUAAGUGGACUUUUAAUGCCGGAUUUAAUUGAGGAAACAUUAAACCCAAACCAGUGUACAAAUGCUUGUGUGUCCAAACAAUUAGGGGCAGAAAACCUGAGCUAUUGGCUUGAGGGGAGGGGGAGCCUGAACGGUUUUGAGCUUUUGUCUUCCUUGCUACACAGAGGAUGGGGGCACAGGCAGUUCUUUCACCUGGAUGCAGAAUGCCCUUCGUUCCCGUUCAGUUGUAGGAGGGGCCUCCAAUUUGUACGUAUGGGGAAUCGUAAUGGUUUAAUUUUCAUGUGACUUAUAGACUCUGGCGAUGCCCCCGACAUAAUAAAAUUGAUCUUCGUU